UUCACCUGUUUUCUUCGGCUUGGGUUACAGGAAGCUUCGGCACUAUCAGUCUGUCUGUUAACUAGUCUCUUAAAGAAGUUUAAAUCCAGCUGCUCUGGAGUCGGUUGUUGGCUGUGAAGAAAACGUGGCGGGAGGCUCGCUAGGAUGUUCAGGGCUAGCGGCAUUUUGAAGUUAGCGGCGCUCAUCUUAGCGUUCCUCCUUGCUGUGUUUCUGGCUUUUCAGCUGCUGGAGAUAAACGUGGAAUUCAGACUAGGCAGCAUGAUGUCCAGAUCUUUGCCAGCAAAUGAAGCUCACACAAAGCCAGCUGUCCAUAAAUGUGGCCUUUCCAAGGCGUGUCCACCUGGACACAUGGCCUUCAAGCUGACCAGCGGAGCUGCCAGCGUGGUCGGCCCCAGAAUGUGCCUGGAGGACAAACUAUUAAUGAGCGGUGUAAAGAACAAUGUUGGGAGAGGGAUCAAUAUCGCCUUGCUCAAUGGAAAAACAGGAGAACUGUUAAAGACCGCUUAUUAUGACAUGUGGGCAGGAGACGUGGCUCCGUUUAUUAAAUUUCUCAAAGAAAUUGAAGAGGGGACAAUCGUAAUGAUGGCCUCAUUCGAUGACCCAGCAACAAAACUCAAUGAUGAAGCCAGGAAGCUGAUUGCAGAUCUGGGCAGCUCGGCUGUGGGGAUCCUGGCCUUCCGGGACAACUGGAUCUUUGUAGGAGGGAAAGGCAUCAAGACCAAAACGCCAUUCGAGCAGCACAUAAAGAACAGCGCCGACACUAACAAAUACGAGGGCUGGCCCGAAGUCUUGGAGAUGGAAGGCUGCGUACCGCGGAGGCAGGACUGAGCCUGUUAGCGUAGUCUCACCCGCUCAGCCGGUCUUUCCUGCCGUCUUCAGUUCAGAUUGGUCAGAUGUCUUUCCGUUUGAUCCUGAAGCAGAUUUGGACAGCUUGGAAAAAGAGUAAUAAGCUCCAGAGCGGGAGAAUGGAAGCUUCCACCAUCUUGGAUCUUUGGUGUAGAUGGAGGCUUUAAAUGGGACGGAAAAUUUAAAAAGUGCAGCGAUUUUAAGAAAAUUGGUUCCGUUUUUCUCAUCGCACUUCUUGUAUUUAGAGCCCAAACUUCCGGCGUUGCUAGACUGUUGAGGUUUUGCACUGUUUAUCAAGUAGUGUCGCUGCCUACUUUCUGCAGCUGGGGACUGAACUUUCCAUCGUCUACACACUGCCUUAAUCUAUUUCACACGUUUUGUAGCCAACAAUUGUUGUGAUUCAAUUUUUUGUUCUUCUUUCUGGAGUCGUUUAUUUAAUUUUUUUUUUUUAGAAAAUUAUCAUUUUGAUUGUAACCAAACAUACCAAAUUCACUGUGCAAUGUGUAAAUAUUUCUAUAGAGCAAAUGUUGGAUUCAAAAGAUUUAAUUUAAAGAAUAUUACAACAGUAAUAUAAAUUCUUAGAACAAAUAAAUAAUAAUGAGACUGUU